AUGAUCCCGUCUUGGAAGACGGAGCGCUCGGCAGACGAUGUCAUCUACAACCCCUUCAGGUUGCUCGGCAUGGUCAAGGCCAUGGACUGGCUCUACUUUAUCUCCGGUUGGUUCGCAUGGACUGUCGACGGCUUCGACUUCUUUACUGUUACUGUUACCAUUGAGAAGCUUGAGGAAUACUUUGAUCGCUCAACCACGGAAAUCGCCACCUCGAUGACGCUUACGCUCAUGUUCCGCUCGCUUGGUGCCUUGACAUUCGGUAUUCUUGCCGACCGUUUCGGUCGCAAAUGGACCCUGGUCGCCAACCUCUUGCUUAUUGCCACGUUCGAGUUCUGCACCGCCUUUACAUCAAACUAUGCUGGUUUCCUCGGUGUCCGUGCUCUCUUCGGUAUCGUCAUGGGGGGUGUUUGGGGCCAAGCGGCGGCAACUGCCCUCGAAAACGUGCCUGUGCCAGCUCGUGGUCUCCUCUCCGGUAUGAUGCAGGGUGGAUACACUCUUGGCUAUGUCUUGGCCGCCGUCGCCAACCUCGCUCUCACCGAUCGGUACGGCUGGAAGAGUGUCUUCUACUGCGGUGGUGCGAUCUCGCUCCUCGCAGCCAUCAUCCGUGCCCUGCUCCCCGAAUCCCGUCAAUACAUUAUCGCUCGUGAGCAGCUCAAGGCCGAGGGUCUUACCGGCGGUCAAACGGCUCGUAUCUUCUUCAAAGAGUUGAAGUCUAUGCUUAAAGUCAACUGGCUUCGCUGCUUGUGGGGUAUCUGUCUUAUGACCGGGUUCAAUUUCCUGGCCCACGGUUCUCAGGAUCUUUACCCCUCGUACCUGCGUCAAACCAAGGGUCUCACGGCCAACCAUGUCUCCGCUGCCACCAUUCUUGCUUCGGGUGGUGCCACCAUCGGUUCGGCCUUUGCAGGUUACCUCUCGCAGUACGCUGGUCGUCGUCUCGGUGCCAUGAUCUUCCUUCUGUGGACAGCUGCCUGGAUUCCUCUCUGGAUUCUCCCCAACACCUUUGGCGCCCUUUCGGCUGGUGGCUUCCUAAUUCAGUUUGGUGUCUUCGGAACAUGGGGUGUCGUCCCCAUUUACCUUGGAGAAAUCUCUCCCCCCGCUUUCCGUGCCUCUUUCGCCGGUGUUACUUACCAGCUCGGAAACAUGAUUGCCUCCCCCGCAGCCCAGAUCCAGGCCGACGCGGGUAACGUCAUGAAAACGUGGGGUGUCAACCUCACCGAAGGAAUGUGGGUUCCCGAUUACGCGACGGUCCAAGGUAUCGUCACGGGUACUGUCAUCGUGUGGCUCUUCAUCUUCCUCUUCCUAGGACCAGAGGCCGACGGAUCCCACUUUGACCAGGCAAAGGUCGCGUUCCAGGAGGGUGGUGGUACUGCCGAGCCGUCCGACUUUGUGCGUGCCGACCACGGUCACUUCCACGCCCACGACGACAACCGUGUCAACCUCGACCUCGAGCGUGGUCACGGUCUUACGAAUCCUCUUGCUGCUCAUGAGAAGCUGCCAACCGACCACAGCUUUGCAAUCAAACUCUAA